UGCAGAAAAGUGAAACUAUUAAGGCCCAGAGUCAGAGUCAGAGUUUGAGUCAAAGUGUACCAUUAUCGGGCCACAAGUGCGGGGCAUUGUGUUCGUAAUUAAAAGGGCAACGCUUCAAUGGGCCACACAGCACGUGUAGCACACUCCACGAAGCAUCGAACGGUGAACUUGCAACUGGACAAGAGCCCAACCCCACUCCAUAACAACUAAUGGCAAGUGGCAAGUUCUCUCCACGCCUGACAGACUACGUGUGAGAGUUGCUGUGUGCCUGCAAUCUUGGAUCAACUCAGCGAUCAAAUGGGCGCUUGACCACAGCCCAAAAAGCCACAAUCAAAGUGGGAGCCACUUUUGGGGAAAGGCCGUUAAAUCACUCAACUAAAACGUUCAUAAAAUGUCGAAUGUCUUGUAGAAUUUCGACUGCAAAAACAGAUCUGGCAGAGCGGCCUCAGGCAGCCCUCAGUUCGAUUCUAAGCGGCGUGCGGAGUGCGUGUGUCGAGUGCUGAGAAAAAGAGCCAACAGAGGAGGACCGACCAUGUGGCAGCGUGUGGCAGUGCUUGUGCUUGGCAUUUAUGUGCUCAUAACAAUGAAGGCGGCAAGGGGCAGCACCAGCUCCAGCUCCAGCAACAAUCGCUUUAAUGGCGGCACAUCCGGCGGCAUCCUCGCGGCACGGGCCAAGGGGCAACUACAGUUGGAGCUGAAUGCGUGGCAGCCAUUCAGGCAGCGCAACAAUUGGCUUAUCCUGCAGGCAACGGCAGCCAGCUCAGUGCAGCCGGAAAGCGAGAACACCAACAGAUUGUUGCCACAGCAACAGCAGCAACAGCAGGAGCAGCUCCAACGACUUCCUGUCAAUUACUACGCCUACAAUCAUCGGUAUAAUGAGAGUGUGAGGCAGAGGGCUGUCAGCUCACCUUCGGCAGGCGGAAAUUACAAACAGGCGGAGGCGGAGGCGCAGGCGAGCGAUCCUGCCAGCUAUGUCCUGGCCAUAAGCCAGCUGCCACUUGCGGAGGCGGAAGCCGAACCAGCCUCAAGUCUAACCAACUCUGCCCACGCAGCCGAUAAGCUGGAAGAUGCGGCAGAUAGCGACGCCAGCAAAGACACAGCUCUGGCUGGCAUCCAGGCGUACUUGCUGCCCUUCCAGCGAACUCUGCUCAAAGUGCGCAACUUGUGCGACUCCCUGGGUACGCUACUCGGCGAUGUGCUGGAGGAGGAACCACUGCAGCUGCCGGCAGAUGAGACCAGAUUCACUUCAAAGGAGUCGAGCCCGCGUCUGGCAUUGGAGGGCCGCAAGCUGAAAAAGUUGAAAAAGAAAUUCCAAAAGCUGCUGCUGCCGCUGCUGAUUGCCUACAAGCUGAAGUUCCUCACCCUCAUACCCGUGCUCAUUGGCGGCCUAACACUGCUCGUCGGCACCACGGGCCUGGCCGGCUUCUUCUUUGCUCUCUUUACGGCCGUAAUGAGCCUGAAGACCACUGGCGGCGGCGGCCAUGGCAGCAAGGCAAUUGUCUUGAAGAAAAUCUGAUGUGUCGGCAGCGUUUAGUACGAAUUAAGAUUUAGCUAUUGAUUAAGGUUAGUUAACAGUCCGCAGUCCGCAGUUCGUCCCCUCCUCCCUCUAUUCGUAGAAGCAAUUCGAUGAAAGUUCGUUGCUCUGGCUGUGGGCUAUAAAAAUGGACUUCCGCUGAAACAAGUGACAUGAAAGAAGCAGCAAAAAGCAGCAGGAAAAGUCCUGGCACAGAACUCCCUAAAACCCUCUUUAAAUUCAAUGCUUUCGCGGCUUAAGCAGGGUUUCCCCAGCCGCUGUGGUUAUGCCCGGCAACCGGAUGCCAAAUAAAAGUAGUGCCGACACCGGACUGGCCAUAAAUUACAUUCAGGCAGCUGCCACAGAGCCAAACGGAGAGGCAGCGACAGCAAAAGAGCUUUAGCUUAUGAAUCUAAAUGACCAUGUAUAUGUAAUGUAAUACAUUAUAUACUGUAACAGUUACAUGUACUCCUACGCUAAGUUCAUUUGGCUCGUCUGCUUCGUUUUGCGCACAAAUUCACUUUGUUUGUCAUUUGAUUUCCGUUGGCACUGCAGCAUAUUUCUUUUUGCUUGGAUUUAAUUAAGCGUAUUUAUACAGACACACACACAAGCAGCAGACACAAGAAAAAGCUUCAAUUUGUUGCCCAUUUUGGCUCGGCUUAAUGCGAAAAUUAUUAAUGCACUUUUAAUA